CAAUCAUGUCUGGUCACAGCAAACAAGAAGGAAAGGUUUGGGCUAAGGCCAAGACCCAAUCAUCCAGGGCUGGUCUGCAGUUCCCCAUCGGUCAUGUUCACCGGCUGCUCAGGAAGGGCAACUAUGCCGAGCAGGUCGGGGCUAUCUGGCCGCCCUCCUGGAAUAUCUGAUGACUGAGAUCCUCGAACUGGCCGGCAACGCCGCCCAAGACGACAAGAAGACCCGUAUCAUCCCCCGACACCUCCAGCUGGCUGUCCAUAAUGAUGAGGAGCUCAAAAAGCCGCUGGGCAGCAUCACCAUCACCCAUGGAGGAGUCCUACCCAACAUCCAGGCCGUGCUGCUGCCCAAAAAGAACGAUAGCCACAAGGCCGCCAAGAGCAAGUAA